AGGUGGUGGAGAGGACUCUUCACAGCAACAAGUCCCCGGUUUCUGGAUGCGGUGCGGGGCUCUGCUCUGGGGGCUACCCCUGAUCACAGCCAGCUGAAGGGGCUAUGACGUCUGUGACGGAGGCUGGAGCGGCAGUAACGGCGGACGGGUCAGUGACAUCGGUGUGGAAGGCGAGAGGUGACGGGGCUGUCCGUGGAGGAGGAACAGCUCAGCCUGACAGCGGCUCUCCUGCCAAGGCUUCAAAAUUUCAUGAAACCUCGAACCCUGAAAAUGAUACAAUGAUUCCUGUGUUGUCUUCGAAAAAAGCGAGUGAAUUACCAGUCAAUGAAGUUGCUUGGAUACUUAAGGCUGAUCUUCAAAGUGGGUUAAAUAAUGCUGACGUGUGUCAUAGGAGAGCCUCCCAUGGAUGGAAUGAAUUUGAUAUCAGUGAAGAUGAACCUUUGUGGAAGAAAUAUAUUGCACAGUUUAAAAACCCCCUUCUCAUGCUCCUGCUGGCCUCCGCUGUCAUCAGCAUUUUAAUGCAUCAGUUUGAUGAUGCCGUCAGUAUCACUGUGGCAAUACUUAUUGUCGUCACAGUUGCCUUUGUUCAGGAGUAUCGCUCAGAGAAGUCUCUGGAAGAGCUAGGCAAACUAGUACCACCAGAAUGUCACUGUAUAAGAGAAGGGAGACUGGAGCACACACUUGCCAGGGAAUUGGUGCCCGGAGAUACUGUCUGCUUGUCUGUUGGAGACAGAGUCCCUGCUGACCUGCGGCUAUUUGAGGCAAUAGAUCUGUCUGUGGAUGAGUCCAGUUUAACAGGCGAGACUGCUCCAUGUUCCAAAUCUACUGCCCCACAACCAGCAUCAACUAAUGGGGAUUUAACAUCCAGAAGCAGCAUUGCCUUUAUGGGAACUUUGGUUAGAAAUGGCAAAGCAAAGGGAAUAGUUAUUGGCACUGGAGAAAACUCUGAAUUUGGGGAGGUCUUUAAAAUGAUGCAAGCAGAAGAGGCACCGAAAACUCCGCUGCAAAAGAGCAUGGAUAUUUUAGGAAAGCAGCUCUCCUUGUAUUCAUUUGGUAUAAUAGGUGUUAUAAUGUUGGUAGGCUGGCUACAAGGGAAGCAUAUACUCGAUAUGUUCACUAUUGGCGUAAGUCUGGCAGUAGCGGCUAUUCCUGAGGGACUACCUAUUGUGGUGACUGUAACACUGGCACUUGGCGUGAUGAGAAUGGUGAAAAAAAGAGCCAUUGUGAAGAAAUUGCCCAUUGUAGAAACACUUGGCUGCUGUAAUGUUAUCUGCUCUGAUAAAACGGGAACAUUAACAAAGAACGAGAUGACUGUAACUCACAUUUUUACAUCUGAUGGAAUUCACGCUGAGGUUUCUGGAGUUGGCUACAAUCGAUUUGGUGACGUUACUGUGGACGGUGAUAUUAUUCAUGGUUUUUGCAGUACAUCCAUCAGUAAAGUGGUUGAAGCAGGAAAUGUGUGUAAUGAUGCAGAAAUAAGGAAUAAUACAUUAAUGGGCAAGCCAACAGAAGGGGCUUUGAUUGCACUGUCUAUGAAGAUGGGGCUUGAUGGACUCCGUCAUGAUUAUAUCCGGAAACAAGAGUACCCGUUCAGCUCUGAGCAGAAGUGGAUGGCUGUAAAAUGUGUGCACAGAACUCAGCAGGAUAAACCAGAAAUUUGCUUUAUGAAGGGUGCUUAUGAGCAAGUUAUUCGAUAUUGCACAAGCUAUACCAGCAAAGGCCAGUCUUUACCUCUGAACCAGCAGCAAAGAGACCUUUACCAACAGGAGACGGCAUAUAUGGGCACUGCAGGUCUCCGAGUAAUUGCACUAGCUUCUGGUCCAGAAUUGGGUCAAUUGACAUUUUUGGGUCUGGUGGGGAUAAUUGACCCUCCAAGAACAGGUGUGAAGGAAGCGAUCACUACACUCAUACGCUCUGGAGUUGCCAUUAAAAUGGUCACUGGAGAUUCCCAGGAAACAGCUGUGGCCAUAGCUAGCCGUCUGGGCUUCUACUCCAAUGGGUUGCAGUCUCUGUCUGGAGAAGAGGUAGACGCAAUGGACAUUCAGCAGCUUUCUCAUAUAGUACCAAAGGUGUCUGUGUUCUACAGAGCCAGUCCAAGGCACAAGUUAAAAAUUGUAAAGAGUCUGCAAAAUAUUGGAGCAGUGGUCGCCAUGACUGGGGAUGGAGUGAAUGACGCUGUCGCACUGAAAGCUGCAGACAUUGGCAUUGCAAUGGGCAAGACUGGAACAGAUGUCUGUAAAGAGGCAGCUGACAUGAUCCUGGUGGAGGAUGAUUUUCAUACAAUUAUGUCAGCCAUUGAGGAAGGGAAAGGAAUCUACAAUAACAUUAAAAACUUUGUUCGGUUUCAGCUCAGCACGAGUAUUGCUGCACUCACCUUAAUAUCUCUUGCAACAUUAAUGAAUUUUCCCAACCCCCUCAAUGCCAUGCAGAUAUUAUGGAUUAAUAUUAUAAUGGAUGGUCCUCCUGCGCAAAGCCUUGGGGUUGAACCCGUCGACAACGAUGUUAUUAGAAAACCACCAAGAAACUUAAAGGAUAGCAUUCUGACCAAAAACUUGAUUAUAAAAAUCCUGAUCUCCUCCAUCAUCAUAGUGUGCGGCACAUUGUUUGUCUUCUGGAGAGAGUUGCGGGAUAAUCUUAUCACUCCAAGAGACACAACAAUGACUUUCACAUGCUUUGUCUUCUUUGACAUGUUCAAUGCUUUAAGCUCAAGGUCACAGACAAAAUCUGUCUUUGAGAUUGGCCUGUGCAGUAAUAAGAUGUUCUGUUUUGCGGUCCUUGGUUCUAUCAUGGGUCAGUUACUCGUCAUCUAUUUCCCACCUCUACAGAAGGUUUUCCAGACUGAAAGUCUCAGCAUCCAAGACCUGCUGUUCUUAAUAGGACUGACGUCUUCUGUAUGGAUCGUGUCGGAAAUCAUUAAAAAAGUUGAGCGGAGUCAAGAGGGGGUGCAGAAGCGCAAGGGAUCACCAGCCUCUUUUUUUCUCGAUGUAUGAUGCAUAUUGCAUUCUCGAUUUGUAACUACAUAUGGGGACAUAGUGCUUCAAUUCCAGAGUACUACAAUGGCUUGCAAGAUGGGAAACCUGCUGCAGCUCCUUGCAUAGUCCUCCCAGCCCACAGAAAUGGACUUGUACAGAACAACAAGCGACAGGUGUGAUUUGCAGGAACCAAUGGUUAUGGAACCAUACAAGUAUUGCAAGGACUUGUGUUGUUUUGCAGAGAUGACCGAUAAAGAAGGAACAAUUAUUCUGUGGUGUAUGCCUUCUCUCUCUUCACCAAAACUUAGGUUUGAGGGGUUUUGUACAGUCAAACCGCUUACGUAUGUAGUCAGAUAUUUUUUUUUUAUACAUGUAUAUGUACAUAAUGAUAAAACUAUAUUCCACUUUAUGGGGUUUUAUUACUAAAAGAAAAUGUUUUCUAAUGUCUUUGAAGCAGUUUUACUGAAAUGCACACCAUGUGCCAUGUUUCCUUUUGACCAUAUUAUUAUCAUUCUCUAUUUAUUUUGGACAUCACAGUUUCA